AUGGCAAAAAGUCCUAGAAAAGGGGCCACGGCCCAAAAGUCUUCUGGCUACUCCCAGAAACUGAAUCCAAAAUUGUACAAUACCCCAAAGUAUGGCGGAAAGAAUUUCAAGGCAUACAAUUACUUGCCUAAAAAACAGCGUCGUUGGAGCAUAGCCGACUCUUCUUCUGGUGCAUCCGACGAAGAGAAGAGCGCACAUGCGUCUAAAUAUGUUUCUGAUUCUGAUUCCGAAUCGUCGCUUACAGCCAUGUCUGAGAACGAUGAAUCUCAAGUUUCCAGAAGAGGAUCUGUGUUCUUUGAAGAGACCUCAAAGGGCGGAAAUUUCGGCAGAAAAUUCAAACCUCAUAAAGCAAGAAAGGGAAUGAAAUCAGCAAGAAAGCAGCUUCCGAAAAAGAAACUUUUCACGAGACAAGAAGAAUCUUCAGACGAUGAAGACGAAAAUGAUGUUUUUGAUGAAGAAGAUGAUGGAGAUGAGCAGCACAUCUUGGAUUACGGAAAUGGAGACGAUGAGAAUGAAGACGAGAGUGCUGUAGGUCUUGGUGGAAUAUACUCCAUGAUCAACACAAAGGCAUAUAGUUCAUCUGAUAAUGAUGAUGAUGAUUCUGAAUCGAGCUCCAAUGGUGGCUCUGCGGGUGAAGACGUAAUGUCUUCUUCGGAUGAUUCUGAAGUGGAUUUUGUUCAGUUACAAGCAGAGAGACGGGCUAAAUCGAUGAAAAACCUCCGUGCCAUUAAAGGUUUGAAAAAUCCUAAGACUGCCUCUACCGUUAAAGGUCAAAGAAGAGGUUCCAUUUAUCGACGUAAGUCUGAAGUUGCACUUCCGGAAGAUAUCAACUUUAAAUUUGAGUUUGAUCAUGAGGAUUCAAUUUCUGCUAUCGAAGAAGAUGAUGACAAUGAUGAUGAGAAUGAUGGUUUACGUGGCUCACUCAAUAUAGCAGGUACCAAAACAGAAGAGGAAGAUAUAGGCGAAGUGGUGAACGAUGAUGGGGAAAAAGCUGAAUUCCACUUCGAUGAGCCUUUGAUGCACGUACCCAAAUUCAAGGAUGAUGAAUUCAAUUCUGAAGAAGAGUAUGAGUUUGAUGACAAUGAUUUACUUGCGACUUUGCAGGCAGACAAUGACCUUGAUGAAUUCAUAAAUGGAGACCCAGAUGAUGGGCAAGCAAGAACUAGGCAAGGAUCUUUAAGCUCUAUGAAUGAUGACACUGAAGACCCGUUUUUGCGUGAAGAAGAAAAGUAUUUGGUAAAUGAGUUUGAAACCAAUGGGUUCGAUGACGAAGAGGAUCCAAUACAAAUGGAAACAGCUCGGGUGAUGGAUUCUUUUAAGGAUAAUAAUGCUCAGAAGGAACAGGUCAUGCAAUAUGCCAGUUCUAGUGAUGGCAGCAACUUUGGUGACGAUGAUGAAAUGGAAAACGAAAAUGACUUCAACGAUGGCGAUGUUAAUGAUUAUAUCGAUUUUGUUGACUUUGCUGAACCCAUUAUGGACAAGAAAAGUGAAGACCUCAAACCCAACGAUGGAGUUGUUACAUCAUCUCGAAAAUCAAAAAAGCCUCAGUUCUCGCAAAGACACAAAAGAAAAGGACCACUCGACAGCGAAGAGGAGGACGAUUCCUACUUGUGGAAUUACUUUUUCAGCUCAGAUGCCGAGUCGGAAGUGGAAUUGGACAAUGAAUCUUUUGAUGUUGAAGAACAGCUAAUGUUGGAGGAAAUAUUUCGUAAAGAUAUGGAGGAAAAGAAGCGGAAUGAGGAAGAAGGGCGUUCUGCUACUGAAAGUGUGGAAGAUCCGGGCUAUGAUAGUGGCGAGUCUACGGAUGUUGAUUUAUCCCUUCCUGCUAGUAACCAGAAUCAAUCUGGAUCGAAAGUUGCGAAAGAGGUUCUUUCCUCUAAGACCGCAGACUAUAGACCUCCUGUCUUAGGUACGUGGGUCGCUAUCGAAAGUCAACCUUUUGGAAUUAUCGAUGGUCUCUCAACAAGGACAUUGAAUAACCAGAAUAACAAGAACCCUCGAGGUAAGGGUUGGAAGAACUUUAGCAUCAAUGAUGAGUCGGAAGAUCUGGCCAUUGAGUUGGACGAAUUGCUCAACAUCAGCGAGCUAGAUAAUGAUGACGAAAACGAUGUUCGCAUCUGGCGAGACUUCAACAACAACAAAAAGCAUGUACCCUUGGGAGCGUUCCGUAAUAAGCUUCAUAUGAACCCACCGAUGGUGAUUCUCGAGCCGAUGCAAAAUUUCGGCUCGCCGAAAAGUAGUGGCAACCAGCGAGCUGGUACAAAAUAUGAUAACGCCAUGCAUGCAAAGAAACAAGCACGCGCCAAGGUUGCUGGAAGUCUAAGCAAGAAGCUCGGCAUUCCUUCAAAGCAGAAGAGGAGAAGGGCGUCGAUCGCGGACGCGGUUUCUGAAGGUUUCAGACCCACUAAAUCUGGUUUAUUUAGUGAAAACGUUCUAGCAGAUGUCGAGGAAAUGUUAGGUGAUGAUCGAGAGUUUAUGGCAUUAAUUAAGGGUUUAUAG